AUGUACAACCCAUACCAAGCGCCAGGCUCUUAUGGUGCUCCUGGAGGAUAUGGGGCUUAUGCUGGUGCGCCAGGCAUGGCUCCGCCUCCAGGCAUGGCUGCUCCGGGAACUGCACCGCCGCCCGGUAUGCAGCAAGCUGACACUCCCAGCGAUGGUCGUGCUGCUGGUUUCCCAACUAACUUUCAACCACCCGCCAACAUGCCCAACAUCAACUUCUCCGCGCCAGUUAUCCGUCUAGGUACGACACAGCCAGCCAAGUCGUCCCUCCUGGAUGGUCGCGAUGAUCGAGGUGGCAGACGAGGAGGGCUGGGUUCGGGUGCUGAGUCACGAGGUCAAGACAGGGACAGGAUAACUCAGGUACAGCCUCAGACAAAAGAAGAGAUCAUCAAAACCGUAUUCGUGGGUGGUAUCACAGAGGGUUGCGGCGGCGACGCCGGCAUUGAGCGCAUCCUAUGCACGGCCGGCAAUCUGAGGCGAUGGAUACGUGCUACGGAUGCAGAAGAGAAGCCGUGCAAGUUUGGCUUCGCUGAAUACGAGGAUCCAGAGAGUCUCAGCACAGCGAUCGAGGUGCUUAAAGAUGUUCGGGUGCCCACAAAGCGGCAGAUUCCAAAGGAAGCCAAGGCCGAAGACGAUACGAAAGAUGAUGAAGAAUCAGAACCUGAGACGUCUACUCUCCUUGUCAUUGCCGAUGAAAACUCUCACACCUACAUUUCCCAGUACGAGGAAUCCAUUGGUGGCGUGGAUGAGGACGCCAAACAAAUGCGCCUUGACCACGCCUCCUCUGCUCUCGCUGCAGUCCUCCACGACCUCAUGCACCCAUCCACCGUGCCGCAGAAAGACGAGCUCUCGACGCUUGAUCGCGAUGGUGAUACCGAAAUGGGGAGCGGACUUGAUGCCAACGGUGAAGCCGUCAUCACAAUCCCUAUCUCCGUAGAUGACGAGCUGUCUGACAUACCCGCUGAAAUGCGCGAGACCGUGGCGAAAGAAAUUACCGCGUUUCGCGAUCGCAGCGUUCGCCGGGAUCUGGAGCGUCUGAAGCGCGAAGAAGAGAUCGAGGCCCAGGAACGCAAUCGAAUGAUGAAUGGUAACGGAAGGCCUUCACGCCUCGGAUCGCCGCCUCCCUCAGCGCCGAGUGGCCCCGGUUCUUCAAAUGGUAUCCCAGUUGGGCCGAGAGACAGGUCCGGUGGUCUGAACCCGCCUUCCGGGCCCAAGUCAUUUGGCGUACAGGUACCUCGUGAUUAUGUCAAGGGCGUCACAUUCGUCAAUGGCACGGGUAUCAGCGCUGCAUCGGCAUUCGACGAUUCCGACACAGACGCCUCGGAUGCGGAACUCGAAAGGCGCCGCCAGGCCAAGAAACAGUCUGAAGAGGAGAAGUCGUAUCUGGACCAGGAGCGGAGAUGGCUCAAUCGCGAGAGAUCACGGACGUCGGCGCUGGAACGCGAGAAAGCACGUGACGAGGAGGGAGAUGCCAAGUUAGACGAGGAGAAGGAAGCUAUGGCGCGGCGACUACGAGAAUGGGACGACGAGCGUGAGAAGGAGCGCGGCGUUGACGAAUAUUAUGCGGACCGUUCUGCGUGGAUGCGCAAGCGCAGUGCAUACCGAGAGCGGGAGCGGAGACAGGAUGAGGCGGACCGUGCAGCGGAAAGGAGGGAAAGGGACACAGACAGCCGGCAGCGAGAUCGAGCCAGGGGUGAAGCUGAUGCGUUCCUCGGCGGAAUGGAGCGGGAUCGUGAAGUGGAGGAACGACGGCGCGAGGAGGAGGCACGGAAGCAGCAACCUGCUCGCUUCAAGCUCAGUCUGGGUGCAGCGGCGGCGCAGAAACAGGCGUCGGACAAGGAGAAGAAUAAGCGGACGGUGGCGGAAGUUGAGGGGCUGCUUGAAGACGAAGAGGUGGACGCAGCGAAGCGCGAGCUGGUCAAGAUCGACUUUGGCAAGCCGGAGGGUAUGUCGGAGGAAGAGAGAGCGCAGGCGGCGAAGCAGCUGGCGCAGGAGAUUCCGACCGACAAGGGAGGCUUGUGGGGAUGGGAGGUCAAGUGGGAGUUCGUGGACGAGGGAAUCAUCGAAGAGCGGCUGAAGCCGUUCGUGGAGAAGAAGAUUGUCGAGUAUCUGGGUGUACAGGAGCAGAUGCUGGUCGAUGUGGUGGUUGGUGGGUUGCGCUCCAGGAAGGGAGCAGAGGAGAUUGUGGGCGAGCUUGAAGGGGCUCUGGACGAAGAAGCCGAGCAGCUCGUGAAGAAGCUGUGGCGGAUGGUCAUCUUCUUUUCGGAGAGCGAGAAGCGAGGCUUGGGUUCGGCCUGA